AUGUCUAAGCAUGAUAUUGAGGGUGGUUCCUUCUCUGAAAAGGACUACUAUGACCCUCCACCAGCACCCUUGAUUGAUACUGAGGAACUCAUCCAGUGGUCCUUCUACAGGGCCUUGAUUGCUGAGUUCAUUGCCGCAAUGCUCUUCCUUUACAUCACUGUGCUCACUGUCAUUGGUUACAAGAGCCAGAGUGAUGUCAAUGCUGGGGGUGAUCUUUGUGGUGGGGUUGGCAUUCUUGGCAUUGCUUGGGCCUUUGGUGGCAUGAUCUUCAUCCUUGUUUACUGCACUGCUGGAAUCUCAGGGGGUCACAUAAACCCAGCAGUGACUUUUGGACUCUUCUUGGCUCGGAAGGUGUCUUUGAUAAGGGCUAUAUUGUACAUGGUGGCUCAGUGCUUGGGGGCCAUAUGUGGAGUUGGGUUGGUUAAGGCCUUCCAAAAGGCUUACUACAACAGGUAUGGUGGUGGGGCCAAUGAACUGAGUGAAGGGUACAACACAGGUGUUGGAUUGGGUGCUGAGAUCAUUGGAACCUUCGUUUUGGUGUACACUGUCUUCUCUGCUACUGACCCCAAGAGGAAUGCUAGAGAUUCUCAUGUCCCGGUUUUGGCUCCGCUUCCAAUUGGAUUUGCUGUAUUCAUGGUUCACUUGGCAACCAUCACUGUAACUGGCACUGGCAUUAACCCUGCUAGGAGUCUUGGAGCUGCUGUCAUAUACAACCAAAAGAAGGCCUGGGAUGACCAUUGGAUCUUUUGGGUUGGACCAUUCAUUGGAGCAGCCAUUGCAGCCUUCUACCACCAAUUCAUCUUGAGAGAAGUUGCUGCUAAGGCUCUUGGAUCGUUCAGGAGCAACCCCAUUAUUUGA